GUGUAUGAGCAGUCUUUACGUGCCAUUAGUUUUACGGCUCGAAGUGAGAGACCGGACAAAAAUCGUGCAAUCUUUUAUCGACGACUCGAAAGCAGGAAGUGAAUCCCCACUGGCAGGUGAACGGACUCGUCAGAGACUAGUCAAAAAAGGAAAUACUCCUCCAAAAAAGGAACUGAAAGGCAGAGAAGAAGAUCCGCCAAUUGGAGUUAUGUCAUCCGAGCCAUCACACAACUACCACAAAGGACGACGGACCUAUUCUGAAGUGGUCAUCGAAUCUUUAGAUGGAGAAAAACUUGUUGACUCGAGUUCUUCGGUUGCCGGAACAUCGGAAAAAUCUGGUGGAAGAUCUGUUUCAGAAGGACCACCUGACCAAGUUGCCUAUUAUUCUGGAAAUCCUCUCACGGAAAAGACCGAAGGAAUUAUGCAUUUUUACAAGUACAAUGAUGAGAAGUUGACAAAAGUUGCACAGUGCCGAAUGUUGUGUAUGUAUGCUGUACCAGCACAAGUUGAAGUUCGUGAGAUUAUAUCAUUCAUGUGUAUCUCACUUCCGAUGAUUGUUAGUAUUAAAGUUGUUCGAGAUCCAGCGCCAAAUCAGUAUAUGUUGAUUAUCAAGUUCAAGGAACAUAAUGAUGCUGUAACAUUCUACGAGGAAUUCAACAAUUGCCCGUUUAAUGAUCUCGAAUCGUAUUGUUGCACGCUUUUCUUUGUGGAUAGAAUUGAAUGUACAACGUCGAAUGAUCUCUUCUCCUCCGAUGAUACAUCUCUUACGGAGCUUCCAACUUGUGCAGUUUGUCUGGAACGAAUGGAUGAUAGUGUUCUUGCAAUUCUAUGUAAUCAUUCAUUUCAUGCUCGUUGCCUGGAACAAUGGGCAGACAAUACUUGUCCAGUCUGUCGAUAUGUUCAAUCUCCAGAAGUUGUCGCAGAGCAACGUUGUAAUGAUUGUGGAAUGAGCAACGAUCUAUGGAUUUGUCUAAUUUGUGGAAAUAUAGGUUGUGGAAGAUACGCAGAACAACAUGCACAACGACAUUGGGAGCUCACUUCACAUACUUAUAGUUUGAAAGUUGGAGGAGAACGAGUCUGGGAUUAUGCUGGAGACAAUUACGUGCAUAGAUUGAUUGAAAAUGGAGCUGAUGGGAAACUUGUCGAGUAUCAGAGAGAAUCGAAUGCGAGCUUUGAUGACAAAAACCAAAAGGGUGGAGACAAGCUUGAGGGAAUCAAACUCGAAUACACUCUACUCCUGACCAGUCAACUUGAGGAUCAACGGAAAUAUUUUGAAGGUCUACGUCACGAUAUGGAGCAAACGAUGUCAAAAAUGGAGAAAACUGCUUAUGCUCAAGUAGAGAAUCUCGAGCAUCAACUGACGGAACGAUCAACUGAAUUGAAAUCAUUAAAAGGAGAUUUAGAUGAUACUGUGACGGCGAGAAAAGUGGCAGAGAAACGAGCAACGCAGACAAAUGAAAAAGUGAAUAAGCUUGCAAAUGAGUUGAAAGAUGAACGUGAAAUAAAUCAAAUGUUGAGAAAAGAUCAGCAAGUGUGGAAAGGUCAAGUGGAAAAGCUUAUUGAAAGUCAGAAAACUGCUCGAACCGAGUAUGAAAAGAAAAUCGAAGAUCUUCAGUCACAAGUCAAUGAUCUUUUGAUGCAUUUUGAAACUCAAAAUAAGCUGAAAGAGCAGUUGGAUGCUGGAAAAAUAACUCAAGAGGAAAUAACUGAAAGUCAAGUUGAACUCGAUUCGUCGUCCUCCUCGUCGAGAAAAUUGAACAGAAAGAAGAAAAAGUAGUUGGCAUCUCAGGAGAUCCAUGUCCUAUUUAAUUUUUGCAUAUUGAACAUUUCUUUAAUAGUCUUUUCAUAUAUGGUUAGUCUCACUUGAAUAUUUAUUCGCUUUCUUUCGCGUAUCUCAUCGAAUUUUGUGCGGUAUAUAUGUAUGCAGCCGGUAGUUUAUUUAAUGCAUUCGCUUAUGAAUAAAAUGAUAUCGU